UGCUUUUUUGAAUGGAAAAGAGGCUGUGGCAAGGCAGCUGUUGAAUUUUGAUGUGGCAGGAUGGCGUCCGAGGCGCCUGAUCCCAGUUCUUCGGAACUUCUUACAGAUUUUGAUAUAGCAGAUGUCGAUAAUUGGGAUGAUCAAAACGACAGUUCAAAGGACAUAAAGCUUGUGAAACCAUCUGCUCCUUAUGUUCCAUCUCCGACAAUCCCUCAACUAACCUCUUCAAUUCAGAGCCCAUCAAUCACCCAGUCACACUUGAAUAUUGGCUCACCAUCAUCAAUUUAUUUUCCAAUGAAUACAAACCAUUCUAACCAGCAAUUAGGUUCUUCGUCUCCAACUUUGCCAUACCCUUCUGCAGAAGGCCACGACUAUGUCAAAGCUGGCAACUCGUCAAUCAAUGCACAAGCACUUCUUCAGUCUCAACAAAGAGCAAGCGCUGUUAAUGAGAGCAUGAAAUCAAAACAGCCCCAGUCAGGGCAUGCUCUUGAAACACUGCGAGCAUUAGCACUAGCCCAGGAAGAACAAGCAAGAAAGCUGAAGGAAGAACAGGAAAGAGCAAUGCUUUUACAGCAACAGUCGAAAAGUACUGCAGGUACUUCCCCAAAACCACAGGCUACGAAUCUGGUGCAACAAGGUAUCCAGCUAACUGGAAACGGUGCCCCCGGUAAACAAGUAUGUAUUCCAUUGACAUCCCUGAAGCUGCCAGUCAAUGAUUCUAAAAACAAAAAUGCCAAAGGGAAUUCGGUUUUGCAGCUUCGGGGACAACUCGUGAAAACCCCCGAUCAGAAGUUAAUGCUUGUCACUGAAGUGGCUGGCAAGAAAGUCGGCUACUUGAUAUGUCCCCAGUCAGGACAGUUACAAACGGCAGCCAUGUCAGUCGCUUCUCAGCUUGCCUCAAAGGCAACACAGGGAAAUGCACAGUCGCCAUCACCAGUCCAGGUAACCCAAUCUGCCCAGUCGCCUGUGACUAGCAUCAGUUCGUUAGGGAGUUCGUCACCAAGCUAUCCUGUUUUCAAGGCGACCAGUCCUGCAGCUGCAAGCACGAAUUUCGGCCUGGAAACUGAUGCAAAUGAAAACACAGGCCUGAGAGAGGAGCCUUCGCCUAUGUCAGUUGACAAGCAGGCUAGCGUCACUGUUAGCAGCGAUGAAGAAGAUGAUUCAUCUCUUUCGGAAGUUGCAGCAAGUUUGCAAAACACGCAUAUUCAGCCAGCGGUAUUGACGGAGAAGAAGAAAAAAAGAGGAAGACCUAAAAAGAAGAAAGACAAGAAUGAGCCUGUAAAGCCUAUUUCGCCGUAUUUAAUGUUUUUUAAAGAUGUUCAACUGCGAGUUCGCCAAGAGAAUCCGAAGGCUGGCCUGGGUGAGGUAUCGAAAAUGAUCUCAAAACUCUGGGAACAGGCUAGCAAAGAGGAAAAACAGAUAUACUUAGCCAAAAGUGCGAAAGAAAAAGAAGAAUAUCGAAUUAAGCUCGCGGAAUAUAAGGCAAGCAUUGGAGAGGGGGUUGGCGAUGGUUCGGGACGACCAAAUGCUCAAUUAACUACAAUCGAAAAUGCUAGUUAUAGUGAAAUGAUUGAUGAAAGCUCGAAUAGUGGACACAAUAAUACUCCCAUGGUUGUCUUGUCGUCUGACUCAUCGCCUGAAAAGAAUGGAAGCGAACUUGAUUCCGGAGUCACUUCAGGUGUGCAAUUCGCGACAGCACAGAGCUCGUCAAUGGACACAAACGAUGUACAGAUUAUGGAACCACCUCCUGUUAGAAAACGAGGAAGACCAAGGACAAAGAACCUACUACCUUCGAAUGUAAAGAAAGAGCCUAAAAAAACUAAGAAAAAAGAGAAAAUAGUCAGUGAAGAUAGACCCACUCCGAAGCUUACUAUGAAAAUAAACAUAAGGAACUCACAAAUAACAGAGUCACCGACCAAGGCGUUGGAGGAUCUGUCUAAAACUUUUUCUGAUGACAGAGUUGAAGAAAAACAUAAAGAAGAACACGAGGAGAAGCAUGACGAGGAUAUAGCUGAGGAAGAUGACAUUGAAGACCAACCAAAGCCUACACAACCAAAAUCCUUAAUGAGCUUUAAAAUACCGUUAAAGAAAAAUCGUUCAACUGGCUCCUCUGAUCAGAAGGAAAGCGCCAUUAAGGAGAGUGAAACAGACAGUCAAACGGAGAAAGCUUCUGUCCCUGCCGUGCGAAUAUGCGCCAACAAUGGCUGUGAGAACCCUGCUAAGAUCAGUAAAGAGCGCGGGCCCCUGUAUUGUAGCAGCCGAUGCCUGGUAAACCACUGCAGGAAUGUCUUCGAUGCAUGGGUGGACGAAAGAAAAGAAGAAUCAGUAAAAAAUAGAUAGAUUUAUUCAAGCGUUGUAGAUAUGUCUUCCUCAGUCAGGACGUUAGUUAAUCAAAUCCAGAUGUAGAAUCGUCAUUAGUUCUUGACGAUUUUCUCUCAAAUGCUGUUUUAUACAAUAUGGCAGAUGUCUCUGACACGUUAAGUAGAUGUUUCAAAAAGAAACGUAUACUUAGCAGUAGAAAGAAGGCCUUCAGGGUUCUCUCUUCAUACAGCUGCAUAAACCGUGAUGCAUAUGAGAAGUCGCUUAUAGACUUACGAGAUAUCAGCAUUAAUAUCGAGUAACUGGUAAUUUUUAUAUGAUAAUUACUAAAUGAAAUAUGUCAGAACCACUGAAUUUGAUGGUAGGACUUUUGAGGUAUUUCAGCAUUUUGAAAAUUAUCUAAAUUAUGUAUUUAGACUUGUACGUGAUUUACAUAGUAUUGCUUUGCAAUUUUAGAUCAUCCAGAUUGGUCUAUCUAUUGUUAUAUAUUUCAUAAAAUGUUGAAAAAUAAAGACAUUUUCGAUAUACUCAAGACAACUGCUCUAGCAGUGAUCAUUAAAGGAAUAUCAUUCACUCCUUUAAAUGACAUGUACAGAAUCAAAUAGAUGCCUAGUGUUCAAUUCCACAAAGUGUCUUCUGUGUCGUGGCUAUUACUUCCUCUUUUUGUACGGGUCUAUACAGCUUGGUUUGCUUACUUGACUGUUGUGUGACGUCAUCCAUAUUUUCUGUGACGCCAAUCUUAGUU